AUGGUGAAAAGAAAGAACUUUGGUCCAGCAAAAUUGCCUGUGGCUCAACUCACAAUUCUUGCAAUAUGUAGAUUUGCAGAACCAGUCGCUUUAACUUCAGUCUUUCCAUAUCUCCCUGAGAUGAUUGAAAGUUUUGGAGUUGAAAAGAAAGAUGUAGCACAAUGGGCAGGUAUAACAUCUGCUGUGUUCUCAUUAUCUCAAUGUAUGACAGCCAUCUUGUGGGGAAGAGCUUCUGAUACAUUUGGUCGUAAACCUGCAAUUUUGGUAGGUUUAAUAUGUACGAUGAUAUGUAGUAUCAUAUGGGGCAUGUCAAUAUCUUUACCAAUGGCUAUUAUCGCCAGAGCACUUCAAGGAGCUUGUAAUGGAAAUGUGGGAAUUAUUCGAACAAUGGUAGCAGAAAUGGUUCCUCAAAAGGAGUUACAACCAAGAGCAUUUUCUAUCAUGCCUUUAGUAUGGAGUCUCGGAUCUAUAUUUGGCCCAUCAUUUGGAGGAUUCUUCGCUCAACCGGCACAAAACUUCCCAAACUUUUUUGGACACAGCAAAUAUUUCAUAAAUUUCCCUUUUGCAUUACCAAAUAUUAUUGCCAGUUUUCUUUUCUUGAUUGGAAUCACAACUGGAUUUUUAUUCUUAAAGGAAACCCUUGAAUCAAAAAGUCAUAAACCUGAUUGGGGAUUGGAUGUUGGAAAGAAGCUAAUUAGUUCUUCCAAAUUGCUCUGCUGUCAACCUCGACCAAAGCAUCAUUCUCCUGGUCACCCAGCAUACGAUGAAUCAUCCGCAUCACUUCUUCGACCUACAUCCGCUUCUGGAUCAGAUUCUACUAAAGCGUUCGACGAUAACUACGAAUCUUCUUCGAAAUCGAAGGCUCCAGUUACUCGCCCAACUCUCCGAGAAGUAUUCACACGUCAAUCAGUCAUCAACCUCAUCGCUUACACCUUUCUCGCCCUUCAUUCCGUCUCAUAUGAUCAAAUUCUUCCAGUAUUCAUGCAUCAUCCGCGUCAAAUUCACGAUACUAGCAACACGCAACUUCCAUUCAAAUUCUCCGGUGGUUUCGGUCUUCACUCAGGUAGAAUCGGCACAAUCUUCACCCUCUACGGUGUCGUAGGUUGCUUUAUCCAAUUCCUCAUUUUCCCACCCGCAGCCCGCAAAUUCGGCGUCUUAAACUGCUUCAAAGGAUGCGCCAUCACCUUCCCCAUCAUCUGUUUCAUCACCCCCUAUACCGCCCUCAUCCAAUCAUCCGCUCACCAACAAAUCGCCAUCUUCGCCAUCCUCGUCGUCAAAUCCUUCGCAGUCAUCUUUGCCUUUCCCUGCUGCGUCAUCCUCCUCACUAAUUCAGCAGUAAGUCUCCGUAUCUUGGGUACAUUAAACGGUUUCGCGGUCUCGAUAUCGGCAAUAGGGAGAGCGAUUGGACCCGCCAUGUCCGGAACGGCUUUUACGUGGGGUCUGAAAGAGGGGUAUAUUGUGACGCCGUAUUUUUUGUUGGGGGUGGUGGCGGCGCUGGGGGCGAUUCCGAUUUGGUAUUUGGAGGAGAUGGAGGGGUUUAGUACGAGGGGGGAUGGUGACGGGGAUGAGGAGGAGGAGGAGGAAUCAUUACUUCCGGCUCAUGAUCAUGAGGAUGGUGAGGAAGGAGUUCUUUUGGUGGGUGAUGAGAGGGUGCGUGGGGAUUUGAGGGAUGAGGCGUUGGUUGUUGUAGAGGGAGGACCGUUUUCAAAGUCGAAUUCGAUGUCUAGGGAUGUGGAUACGGCGAGUGAAGGUGAAGGUACAGUGGUGUUUAGAGAUGGGAGAUGA